UUACUGCCUCGUACUAGGCGUGAGAUGCGAAUAGCACUCACACUGUCGGUCUUAUUCCAGCUGAUGUAGUCUCUGAUUGGCACGAUUAGAGGAACAAAGCUACAGAAACCCGUUUUCAUUGGUCAUCUGGCGCGACUUUCAAACUCGUAUACCUUUGUGUAAACUUUGGCAUAUACACUCGACCUCAUUCACAAACAUAACACUGUCUUCUAUUGACGAUCACCUUUAAAUACUGGGCUUUCCCUCACAGUGUGUCAUAUUUGCCUUGUCUGUUCACCGGACUUAUUCGGAGAAUUCAGUGAGUUCGUUUCCACACAGAAACUCCUUUGUGAGUGUGAGUGUGUGUAUUAAGUCGCUAUUCAAUACGUUGACUAGCAUCGCCUUCGCAGGGGCAAGUGGACUGGUGAUAUUUAUAUAAACACUAUAUAUUUAAGCUCUCAUUAGAUAAUCCCUAAUAAGACAAUCAACAUGCUUCAGUUAACUAGUAGUCUUCUGCUCUGCACCCUUGUUGCUGUAACAAUCUCUCCAAUUGUAGCAAACUAUGUUAUUGAUGUGAAACUAAUCAAGUUUGAAAAUUUCAAUCGUUUACUGGCUAACAGACGUCAAUGCUCAAACUUCGGAACUGUACAAUGUCAAACAAGUCUCAGUCUUUGUGCCAGACCUGACAGUGGCACAGUAACGUGUGAAUAUGGAACGAGAGAUAUGGGAGUUAUCGGUGAUAACAUCAUAAACUUAAAUACGUCAUACGUUGGCACAUAAGGAACCCUAUCACACUUUUGGUUAAUCAGCCAUUUCAGAAAUUUACUAUUUCUUUUACUACAAAAGACAACCAGGAGUUGAUGGAUCAAUAUGAUUACAACAGCAGAUAUAAUAUGCCCCACAAGAGCAUCGAAGAAGCCAGCUAUCAAAUGGUGACUACGCCUGGGCAAUAUGGAACUGGUAGUCAACUGACAUAUCAAAUACGAACUUACUGCAGCCAAGGCUAUUACGGUCCUAGCUGCGCGGUGAGAUGUGAAAUUCCCAUCAUUGAGCAAGUCAGGUUUAUGUGUAAUAACAACGGUAAAAGAGUCUGCAAGCCUGGUUUCUCUGGUUCGUUCUGUAACCUCAAUGCUGAUGUAUGUCGUAGCUCACCCUGUAAAAAUGGUGCGACUUGUACUGUGCAAGGUUCUAUGUUUAAGUGCUACUGCAUCCCAGGAUACACAGGACAAUAUUGUAAUAAAGGCAUCGACGAAUGCAGUCUGACGACAACUCCUUGCUUAAAUGGUGGUACGUGCGUUGACGGUAUUGGUAACUAUUCCUGUAUGUGUCCGAGUGGUUACAGUGGAUUCAGAUGUGAAUUUGGUAUAAAUUACUGUGAUGCACAACCGUGCUACAAUGGAGGCACAUGCACUUCGAAUCUUAAUGGUUAUAUCUGCAACUGUAUGAAUGGGUUUACAGGCAAACAGUGUCAAAAAAAGAUGCGACCAUGCUUCUUCGAAAAAGAGCCAUGUUUCAAUGGAGGUACAUGUAUCAAUCGCGUCAAUGAUUUCAUUUGCCAAUGUCCCACUGGAUUUACCGGAAACAGAUGUCAAAGUGUUCUUUCAGCAUGUUCUUCAAUAACUUGCCUCAACGGUGGCACAUGUGUGAAUUCGGGUACCUCAUUUGUAUGCCAAUGUCCUCCUAACUUUUACGGUAAUCUUUGUCAAAUUGAAGAUAAAUGUCGCACAGUGACUUGCCUAAACGGUGGUCGAUGUGUUACAGCUAACAUGGUUCCGAAAUGUAAUUGCCCAUCUGGAUUUACUGGUCCACGAUGUGGAAUUUCCAUUAAUUCCUGUCAACCCUCACCGUGUCAAAAUGGAGGAACAUGCUAUCCAAAUGGAAUUCAAUUCACUUGUCUUUGCCCUGUUGGAUUCACAGGACAACGAUGUGACCAACGAAUUUGCCCACCAAAUAUUUGUCAAAAUGGUGGAACUUGUCAGAUGAUAAACAAUCAAAUCAGUUGCCUAUGCCGCAGUGAAUAUUACGGAGACAGGUGCCAGGUGACGUACCAAUGCAAUCCACAAUGUCAAAAUGGAGGAAUUUGUGACGCAGUCACACGAAGAUGUAAUUGCCCUCAAGGAUUUUUAGGAAUAGAUUGUUCAAGUAGAGAUGCUUGUGGUUCUAAUCCAAAUUUCUGUCAAAAUGGUGGAACUUGUCAGAUGAUAAACAAUCAAAUUAACUGCCUAUGCCGCAGUGGAUUUUACGGAGACAGGUGCCGGAUGACGAACCAAUGCAAUCCACAAUGUCAAAAUGGAGGAAUUUGUGACGUAGUCACACGAAGAUGUAAUUGCCCUCAAGGAUUUUUAGGAAUAGAUUGUUCAAGUAGAGAUGCUUGUGGUUCUAAUCCAAAUUUCUGUCAAAAUGGCGGAACAUGUCAGGUGGUAAACAAUCAAAUUAACUGCAUAUGUCCAACUGGCUUUUACGGAAAUAUAUGCCAGUUUCCAAGUCCAUGCUUUCCAAAAUGUCAAAAUGGUGGAACAUGUAACUUAAACACAAGAAUAUGCGACUGUCCUCCAGAAUUUGGGGGUCGAGAUUGUACGAUUAGAAAUCCUUGUGCUUCAAAACCAUGUUUGAAUAAUGGACAAUGUUAUGUACAAGAGUCAUAUAAUUACACCUGUACAUGUACCUCUGGAUAUACUGGAAAAAAUUGUGAGAGUUUGGUAACGGUUUGUGCAACAAACCCCUGUUUAAAUGGUGGACAAUGCUUUCCUAUGGGCAGCAACUUUGUUUGUGCUUGUCGACAAGGCUGGACUGGACAGAGAUGCGAAUUUCAAAGUGAUCCAUGUAAGCCGAAUCCUUGUCUUAACAACGGCGGCUGUAGCAGAUAUGGAACGAAUGACUUCACUUGUUCUUGCAUUAAUGGAUGGUCUGGUAAGCUUUGUGAUCAAAAGAAUCCAGCUGUGAAUUGCCUAACAAACCCUUGUCGUAACGGAGGAACAUGCCUUUAUAAUGCCAACCCAGUCACUUGCAAAUGCCCAUCUGGUUUUGAUGGGAAUUACUGCGAAGUUAUCACCCCCCAAACGAACUUCACGUGUCCUCAGGCAUCCGGUCUUUUCCCUGACCCACAAAGCUGCAGACAUUUUUACCAGUGCGAUUGGAACCUUUCCUACAGAAAAGAUUGUCCCGGAAACUUGCAUUUCAACAAGAAUCUACAAGUGUGUGACUGGCCACUCAAAGCCAACUGCCAGAUUGGAAAAUAAAUACACCUAAAAUGAACUUCUAUAAUCCCCACUGUUUCCUAAAAAUCAAGACUGAAUUUUCAUUUCACCAUACGAUGAUAAUUUUUAAUUUGAGAAUAUAUUAAUAAAUAUUUUUUUUCUAC